AUGUCCGAUGCGAAUGAUGACAUGGGCGAUUUGAGCGAGUUCAUGGAAUUCUUCCAGUCGUCACCUUGCUUCUUCGUGAACAGAGCGGCGGGGGUUUCCCUCACUGAAACACUGCCCACGUCUCCAACCACUCAAGAGAAACUGAAUCCAAACGGUGCUGACGACUUGAGCACGUGCAGUAAGGACACGUCAACGGAAUCGGUUACGGGCAGCCCAAAACACUCGCUACAAGUGAUUGGUGCUUCCGCUUCCACUAUUACAACACCAACUACGAUGCCGGUGAUAAGUGCAAAUGUAUCGCUAAAAAUGGCUGCAAGCGAUCAAGUUCACAACCUUCUCAACAAAGAUGGACCAAGUGAUCCGGUAUUGGAAUGCUCAAACAAUCAUAAUGAAUCUGUUGACUCACCGUCAGAAUUUUGUGUUGAUAUUGGAGACGAUAAACAAUCUGAUAGGUCGACUAAACGUGAUGCAACAUCGGCAACUACUGAAACAGCCACUUCGUUGAGAAGUGAUAGUGACGGAGUUGAGAAAUUUGUGAUGGCAUCAUCAGAGGCGAGCAAUUCUGCGCCCAGCAGCCAACGACACUUGAGUUUAGGGAGCAGCGAUGAGACUGUUGACAGCUCAGAGACACAGUUCUCAGUGCACAUCCCAAACGAACGUUCAAACGGAUCACGCAAUUUGGAUGGCCAGAAAGAUGUCAGAAGUUGUGUUUCUUCAUCAUUAUCGGACAAUGCUACCGUUCAGCCAGUGGCACAACCCAGCUCAGCACUAUCUCCUACGAAGGAAUCGAAGCGAAACGAUAUCAAUCCGGGCCAGUCAACGUUGAAUCGACUUUUGGACGCGCUAACUCACAGUAAUGCUCAACAUCACCAGUUCAAGCCAGCUCGAUUGCAACCGAUUGAUUUUAUUAACUUCUUCAACUUUCCAGAGCAACUGUCAUCGGCUGUUACUGUUGUCCCGAUGACAACUAUCGCACAUUCCACCUCUACAUCAGCAGUCUACUCCACGCCAACCAGAACAAAUUUAAUCGCUUCAAAUCCCAUUAUUGCAACAGGGACAUUCCCCGGAACCAAUGCGUUUCCCAUGGUCGCUGCUUCGGAUUCCGCAACCGCUUCGGUUCGAGCAUUUCAGACAGCAGCAGCAACUGCGCCAUUUCCAGCGUUUAAUCCGGUCACUGCGGCCACACUUCUCGCCUCUUCAUCAGCGUCAUCCACCGACAGUAGACAGUUUAAUCAGGCAGUGACCCAACUGCUAAGUGGUGGUCCUUUUUUGGGCUCGAAUGCGCUAUCGAUGUCAGCCGGAUUGUGCCCAUUGCUCACACUAUCACCACAAGCAGCA